GCACGCAGGGCGGGGUCUGGGACCAGGCCGGCCGAGGCGCCGCGGUCGAGGAGGCGGCUGGGCCGGUGGCGAGGCGCAUGCAAGGCCCCGGCGUGGCGAGCCGCCCCGGCCGCGCCCCUGAGACGCGCGAGUCCCGUGCACGCGCCCUGGGCGCAGAGCCCCAGCCCUGGGACGACCCCGCGCGGCCCGACGAUGCGCCCCUCGUCCUCUGGCCAGGAUUCUCCAGGGCGUCUCACAUGGGCCGGCUCCGCAAUGCCAAGAUCCACGUGGAGAAAGCUGUCAAGCAGAAGAAGAUCUUUAUGAUCCAAGGCCGCUACCCAGUGAUCCGCUGUCUCUUACGCCGGAGGGGCUGGGUGGAGAAGAAGAUGGUUCACCAUGUAGGCGCCACCCUGCUGCCCCGCCAGAAGGAUGUGGAGAGCUCAGUGGUGGGUGAUAGCGACACUGCCCCAGAUGAGGACGAAGAAGAGGACGAGACAGUCCAACCUUCACAGCUGGUUGACUUUGAUGGCUUUCUGGAAUUUGAUGACUUGGACGGGACACAUGCUUUAAUGUCCCGCAUGGUUCGGAAUGAAACCCCCUACCUUAUCUGGAGCACUCGGCGGGACGUGCUGGACUGUCGCUUCCUCGCCAAGGAUCAGAUGAUAAACCACUAUGCCCGCGCUGGCUCCUUUACCACGAAGGUAGGGCUGUGUCUCAACCUCCGGAAUCUGCCGUGGUUCGAUGAAGCUGAUGCUGACUCCUUCUUCCCGCGCUGCUACCGCCUGGGUGCUGAGGAUGAUAAAAAAGCCUUCAUAGAGGACUUCUGGCUGACAGCUGCCCGCAACGUUCUCAAGCUGGUGGUGAAGUCGGAGUGUAAGCCGUACUCUGUCCAGGUGGAAGGGGAAGAGGCCACAGGAGAUAAGCAGCCUAAGAAACAGGAGAAGAAACCAGUGGCGGUGUCCCCAGAGUUUGUGGACGAGGCCCUGUGUGCAUGUGAGGAGCACCUCGGCAGCCUAGCCCAUGCGGACAUUGACAAGGACACUGAGGCCCCACUGUACCUGAGCCCUGAGGGCUGGGCGCUGUUCCUCCAGCGGUAUUACCAGGUGGUCCAUGAGGGGGCAGAACUCAUGCACCUCGACACUCAGGUCCAGCGCUGUGAGGACAUUCUGCAGCAGCUGCGGGCCGUGGUGCCCCAGAUCGACAUGGAAGGAGAUCGCAACAUCUGGAUUGUGAAGCCAGGAGCCAAGUCCCGUGGACGAGGCAUUGUGUGCAUGGACCACCUAGAGGAGAUGCUGAAGCUGGUGGACUGCAACCCCAUGGUGAUGAAGGACGGCAAGUGGGUUGUGCAGAAGUACAUCGAACGGCCUCUGCUCAUCUUUGGCACCAAGUUUGACCUGAGACAGUGGUUCCUGGUAACGGACUGGAACCCACUCACUGUGUGGUUUUAUCGAGACAGCUACAUCCGCUUUUCCACCCAGCCCUUCUCCCUAAAGAACCUGGACAACUCUGUACACCUGUGCAACAACUCCAUCCAGAAGCACCUGGAGAACUCAUGCCACCGGCACCCCAUGCUACCCCCAGAUAAUAUGUGGUCCAGCCAGAAGUUCCAGGCCCACCUUCGGGAGACAGGGGCCCCGAAUGCGUGGUCCGCUGUCAUUGUGCCAGGCAUGAAGGCCGCAGUGAUCCAUGCACUGCAGAGCUCCCAGGACACCGUGCAGGACCGGAAGGCCAGCUUCGAGCUCUAUGGUGCUGACUUUGUAUUCGGUGAGGACUUCCAGCCCUGGCUGAUCGAGAUCAACGCCAGCCCCACCAUGGCACCCUCCACACCUGUCACCGCACGGCUCUGUGCUGGGGUACAAGCCGACACCCUGCGUGUGGUCAUCGACCGCAGGCUGGAUCGCAGCUGUGACACAGGAGCCUUUGAGCUCAUCUAUAAGCAGCCUGCAGUGGAGGUGCCACAGUAUGUGGGCAUCCGGCUCCUGGUGAAGGGCUCCACCAUCAAGAAGCCCCUGGCCCUGAGUCAUCGAAAGACGGGGGUCCGCCCUACACUUCCUCAUCUGCUGACCCGGCGAGGCUCUGGGGAAGGCAAGGACUCGGGGACCCCUACCCACAGCCCAGGUAGCAGGAAGUGUGAGGAAGUUGCCCGAGGUUGCAGAGCUCAGAAGGGUCAGAGCCGGGAUGCAGACCCAGCCCUGCCCCCUGUCCCCAGCCUCCAGCCCAGGGUCCAGCUGCCUGCACUGCGACCCUGUGGGCGGGGCCUCAGACCGCAGCUCUGCGCGCUGGUGGGCUCCAAGGCCCUGUCGUCCACAGGCAAGGCCUUGCUGACUCUGCCUACGGCCAAGGUUUUCAUUUGCCUCCCACCCAACCCUGCCGUCAAGCUGGCGCCCAGCAUCCCAAAGCUGAAAAAGGUGGGCCUUGAACUGUGACUUUCUCUGACAGGCAGCAACGGGCACUGGGGUCAGGGCUGGAGGGCACAGGCAGAGGGCAGUCCCAGAACUCUCUUCCCAGACAGACCCCUGAUCCUCUCUCCUUUCCUCUCCUCUCAAACCGAGGCUGUUGCUCCUCAGUGCCCUCGAGGCCCCCGUUCUGGAAGUGCCUUGUACCCUGUGUUCUUUGAUGCUGCACCUCUUCCUAGCACCCCUAGGAGGGUCAAGGCCAAGGGCAAGUUCAAGGCCAGACCAUGCGACAAACCCAAGGCCCAGGCAUAUACUCUAAAGAGGCUGAGCCUCCCAUGACCUCCACUGGGACCCAGGGGGCCACCGGGAAUGUGAGGUUGGAGAAACCCCAGGUCUAACCCCUGGCCCUGGCCUGGAUUCAGCACCAAAUAAAAAGGAGCAAAUGGAG